CCGUGUGACAGCCGAGUCAACUGUACAUACAAUUGUAUUUUGAACCGUGAUAUAUAUAUUGUACAUAAUAUGCAGCAAAAAAUGGAUACCGGUACUACAGACGUAUUCGACGUUCCCUACAUGAGAAUGAUUCGAUUCUCUCUCAACACCAUAGCUCAGUGGCCAUACAACACCUUCGGUCCCAAAACCAUGCGUACGCGGCUCCUUUCCAUGUAUCACUACAUAAUGAUCACAGUCAGCACGUAUCUCGAGAUAUCUUGCGUGUUUUAUGUGAGGUAUAAUCAGGAUAAGGAAUUCAUUGUUCUUGGACACGAUUACUUCAAUAUUUUGAUGGGUAUUGUUAUAAUACAAAGAAUGACGCUGUCAUUCCAGAAGAGGUACUGUCUACUCGUGAAUAACUUUGUUUCUAAAUUUCAUUUAAUGAACCAUCAAUAUAAAUCCGAAUUUGCUGCUAUGGAGCUGCGCCGCAUCACUAAAAUCUGCAACAUAGCGGCCGUAAUAAUCCACAUACAAAUAUUCUUCUCAAUGAUGUUUUUCAACAUGGUACCCCUCUGGAAAAACAUCCAUGCUGGCAUGUUUUCUGACCAUAGACCAGAAAACGGAACCUUUGUCCAUUCAGGCAACUACUUAUCCUUUGUAGACCAGUACACGGAUACUAAAGGUUACUUUUUGGUUUUCUUUUUGAACUUCUAUCCAUCUUAUAACGCAGCAGUGACCUUCCUUUGCAUGGACCUCUUAAUUUUCAUAAUGGUGUUUCAUAUUGCGGGACAUUUGAAUAUUUUGGUGCAUGAUUUGAGAUACUUCCCGCGGCCGAAUGAGAUGGAACAGUGUAUGGGAACAGGUACGAGGAAGUAUAAUAAAGAAGUAUUUGUACGGUUGAAGGAUUUAAUUGAUCGAGACCAAGCGAUUAAAGAGUUCAUGAUCAACAUCUCCGAAACGUUUGGCAUUAGUUUGUGCAUUUACCUCGCCUUCCAUCAGGUCACUGGAUGCGUGUUGCUGCUAGAAUGUUCUCAGAUGACACCUGAAGCUCUGGGGAAUUAUGGGUUCCUAACUUUGAUGAUGUUUCAACAGCUAAUCCAAACAUCGGUGAUAUUUGAAUUCAUCAGUACCAAGAGCGACACCCUCGCUGACGAGGUAUAUUCUCUCCCUUGGGAGCUGAUGGACUUCAGGAACAGGAAGGCUGUCCUGCUGUUCCUGAAGAAUGUGCAGCCUCCGAGGGCCCUCAAGGCCGGCGGUGUGGUCUCCGUGGGCGUGCUUACUAUGUCUACGAUAAUCAAAACGUCGUGUUCUUAUUUCCUCAUGUUGAAAACAUUAACAGUAGAAGAGUAA